AGAGUUGUGAAAACAGCCAGCCCGAGAAGGGGAGUCAUGCAGUUGCGGAUGCAGCUCUCCCGCCGAGCCACAAGCCAGUCAGAUCAGUCAGGGAGAGAGGGUGUGUGAGAGCAAGACAGAGGGAAAGUGUGUGAGAGUGUGUCAGGACCAGAGGCUCCAAAGGACGUCACGCAUACUCUCAGAGAGAGAGAGGAAAACGCGCUGUCACGGGAAAGGCGUCUAUCCUCAAGCGCUUUUUGGUUGUGGAAGAGACACUGACAGAAGUGAGUAUUCCUGAGGUGGAUGAAGUGAGAAGAUGAUGAUAGUCGGCUGAAGUGGAUGUUUCUCAAAACAGACAGAGAUACAGAUAUCCAGUCGUAACUUCCUUUCUGAGGGGAUUUCCAACUCUCCCACAAGGAAAAGACUUGCAAUAAUAAACAAGAUUGUGUGAAGUGUUUUUGCAUCACCAUGGAUCAGCCCGGCAGCAGCUGCAUGCGGAGCGCCCACCCUAGCAGCCCCAUCUGGGGUUGCAUGAGGAAUCCACACUCAGGGGUCCCAGGAGCCAAUCUGCAGUCGCCCUACCAGCAGGCCCCUUUCUCCCUCCACCAGAAGCCUGACUUCCUGGCCUACACAGACUUCUCCAGCUCCUGCCUGGUGCCGACCGCGCCGCACGCAGCCUACCCCCGCGAUGACAGACUGUACCAAGACCAGGGGGGUUACCAGAGAGCUGACUGGCAGUUCAACCACUGUGAGACACGGGUGAGAGCGCCCGAAGCCUGCCCAGCCAUCGUCGCACCUGUAGCAGUUGUUGGAGGUGGAGGGCAUGAGCUGGACAAUGCAGGGGGAGACAGGCUUCCAGGGGCCUUGCCCGGAUGCCUGGAUGGAGAAUACUCACCCCAGAGCGUGGCUUCAGCCGACUCUGACAAGAAGAGUUCCAAUAAGAGGAAGAGAGAUGUCACAGAUAUCCAGGAUUCAAGUUUUAAGGUGGACUCCAGCUGCAAGGCCCGGAAAGAGCGCACAGCAUUCACUAAGGAGCAGCUGAGGGAGCUGGAAGCAGAGUUCACCCACCACAACUACCUGACCAGGCUGCGCCGCUACGAGAUCGCAGUCAACCUGGACCUAACAGAGAGACAGGUGAAAGUGUGGUUUCAGAACAGGAGGAUGAAGUGGAAGAGAGUGAAGGGGGGACAGUCGUCCCCGCCCAACGACCUGGAAAAUGACGACAUAGACUCGGCGGCCUCGCCCAGCUCUGAAUGAACAAAGCUGACGACAUUAUGAAAAAAAGAGUUGUCAUAGAGAGACUUUGGGUCAACUGGACACUAAUACAGCAAAACGAAACCGUCACUCGAUUCUGUGGAAAGCUGCAGGAAUCAAACAAGACUCUUAAUAAUUCCCAGGAAGAAAUCACAGAGCAUCUACUUUGCUGUUGUAAAUAGUUGAAUAUGUCCAUAAUGAACUGCAUUUUGAUACAUUAUUGAUAAAUUCUCUGUUCAAGAGGACACCUUUUGAUUCAUUAAAUAUUAAAAAUGAUACUUAUGGUCAUUGUAGAUCGGUGACAAAGUCCAGACAGAAGCUUUAAAGCCAGUGAUGACAUAUCAGACCGUGAUGUGAUUGUGUUUGAGGGCAUCCCCUGUGCUUCCAAUAGUGUAAUCAUGGCCUUUGACGCUUGACUACAACCACCUGGGAAAACUCAGACUGCACAAGUGUUGCCAAGCCAUAAGUGCCUCAGAAUCAGAUUUUUUUUUUUUAACAUUUGUCAGUUUUCUUUUUUCCUAGAGAAAAGUGUUUUUUUUUUUUUUUAUCUGUCAAGCUUCCUUUUUUUUACUAUUCGUUUUUAUACAUGUUGAAUGUUAUUGAUAAAACACAGAUGUUGCCUGUUUCUGCAAAUAGAAUAAAUCAUCUGUUUCAAAAUGAGAAAAUAUCUUGAUAAUUUCUUCCAUCAGCAGCAAUUGAGUUAUGAUCGGACAGUAGGUACAUCUAUAUUCUUGACUAAUGGUUUUAUCAUGUGUAGAUCG